AUGCCUGUGCGCUGGAUUGCUAUGUGCGUGUGUGACAGACGAGUUGCUGGUGUGGCUGGCGCUAGUGGUUGGACUACAGUGGCGCUGUGUGGUGCUGGAGUAGUAUGGACUGCUGUGCCGUACCUGUGCUUCGUGUUGUUGUUGCGGUGCCGCGUUGGUCGCGCCUCCUUGCCGAUUGUGCUUGUGCGCUGGCCUGUUUAUGGCUCCCGCGUCUCCUUGCUGUGUGUGAGGCUCUGCACCUUGCCAGCUGCAUGCGUGCGGUUGUGCUUGCGAGCAUCACACGUGUGCACUACUCCCCCUCUCGCUCCUGUUUCUUGCUUUGCUUGCGGCAGAAAGGCACAAGCACCACAACAAGAAAGUAUUCUCACGGCGAUGCGCACAGCG